UCUACACAUCAGAACCCUGCCCAGCCUGGUGAAGACUGCGUAUGGUGCUGGAACUGUGGCCUGAAGCCCUGGGAUCCCUGGGAGGCCGGGCCUGGGCAGGCACAGCCAGCAGAUAACUAGCAGAAUGCAGCAUCCCAGAGAGAAAUGCAGAGCAGGCAAGGAUCUGGACAUGCCCAUCCUGGUGCCCAGUAGACACUUUCUUGGCCAUUUUACCAGGUCUCUGUUAUCUGUUGCCCUCACUGGCAUGUUCUGGGCUUCUGGUGCACAGGGCCCAUGAGAAUUAGCUCAUCGAUGGAGGGGCUCCCAUUUCCCUGCAGUGAGGCCAGGGUAGGAAGGGUCAGUUGUAGGUCAGCUUUGCAGGGCACUCUGUAUUCCCACACCUUCACAUGUCUCCUCUCUUGCCUACUUCCCUCUAUGCUGGCUUUCUCUGCCUUCACCUCCCUCAUCCAUGUUAUCUCCAGCUGUCUUGAGAUCAGCAGUUAAAUGGAUGAAAACAAAUAGCUUUAUUACCUGGAUGUCUGCAGGUCAGGAACUCAGGAGUAGCUAUGCUGGGGUGGAGCUUCUGGAACCCAUGAGGCUGGAGGGGCGGCCCCAGGUCACUGGUGCCUGGGCCUCAGUCCUUGGUGGCUGUUUGCCUGAUGGGCCUUUCCUGAGUGUACGUGUCCUUGCUAGUAAGUUGCCCAUCUUGGAACAAGUGAUGAGAGAUAAAGGGGAAGCUGUAGUGGCCAAGAAAGUGCCCUGUGUGACUUUUGGAAAUUUGGCACUGUUUCUUCCACCAUGUUCUCGCUGCUAGCUGGCUUUGCUAAGUGCAAAUGGCUCCACAUUUGGAGGCACACAGAGAGCUUGUGGACUUCCCAGUCCUAUGGGAAGAGAAUGCUCCGCUCUUGAAGUCCUGGGACAUUCUGGAUUGAAUGUUGAGUCUGGCCUGAUUGCUGAGAGUCUGACUGGCUUGCUCAGCCUGAGUCAGGAGCGCUCAGCACCGCAGAACCACCCCAGCAAGUGGGACUCAACCCUCUCCCAGGAAACGCAGGAGGCUGGAGGUAGGGUGAACUCUGGCCUAGCAGCCCUACAUUUGACUAUAAGCAGAGCAAGAAUAGACAUUUAUCCUGACUUGCGUGUUUAUAUCAUGCAGUCACUACACUUCACCUGUAAACAGCAGGGCGAUACAGCCAUUGUGUGCCUCAGCGAGUCAGGGGGUGGGCUGCCUGGAUGGCCUGCGUUACCAUGACAGCACCGGGCGUGCCACGACCUGGUGUCCACACAUUGUUCUGGCGUGGUGCUGUCCUACGGGGGUUGUAGGCUAGGCAGUGACAGGCUCUGGAGACAUUAGGAAGCCACCUGGCAGCACCACGGGAGACUAGCCAGGGCUCCAAAUCCAGGGGAGCAGUAUAGCACUCCUCCACAGCGGUGGCCACGGGACCAGGAGCUAUCUGCCCACAACGCACACUUCACUGACUGGACACCGACUUCUUGGUGAAGAAAAUGGACUGUUGUUCUGUUGUAAACACUGGGCUGUCAUUGUUCCUUUCUGCCGCGCUCAGCUGAAAACUCCAGAGCUGCCUAGUGGCUGGGUGGAGGCCUGUGGCCUGUGCCCUCCACGAUGACCUGGCCCCCAAACCUCCCCUGGGCCACUCGUGUGGAUGAGCCCAUCUGCAAUGAUCGUGUGGACUGAGGCUGGAGAGCGGUGGUCAGGACCUUCCAUCUGCCUGUCCAGCCUGGGCUGCAGACAGCGCCUGCCUGACCAUCACUAAACAACUCACCCACUUGGCACAGUGAGGUGGGGGCACAGCCCAUCCUGCCCUCACACAGUGAAAACAGCCGGUGUAGGCUGCUUGGCCAGGCAGUCCAUGUGCAUACACAGGGUGUGCUGAGGACCAGCCCAGGGGCAGUGCUGAUAUCCGUGCUCCUCACCAGACAUGGCAUGGCACGGACCAAAUGGGCAGCGUUGUGCCUGGGAGAAGAUAAUGGUGCAGCGUGUAAUCUGCCAGACAAGUCCUGCCUCCCAGAGACCCCCAACUAAGGGUCUGUCCACUGUGGCCUCACAGAUGGACUCUUCAGCCACCUGCACGCGCUGUUGGGUGGGGUCUUCUCAGGCCACUGAUGGGCAUCUGUGACCAGACCUUCCCCGUAGCAGGGCGGGCCUGCUUCCUUUCUCCACUUAACAAACUCCUGCGGCCAGGAGGACGUCAAAGUGGACCGUACAGCACUGCAAGCCUUCAGACCCAGGAGGAGAAGGUGCUGGCCAGGGACCCACUUCUUGCUACUGUCCUGAGUGACAGUGACAGAGGGACACUGGAUGCCUUGCUGUUCAACUGCACAUCUUGUCAAUCUCACUGCUUUGUGUGACCGCACUGGGAUGUGUGCACCACAAUGGAGGGCAAGGACCUAGAGGCGGAGAUCCACCCCCUGAAGAACGAGGAGGGCCAAGAGCAGAAGGCCCCUGUGGGCCCGGGGAAGGAGGCGGCAGAGAGCCUCCACUCGCGCCUGUCCCGCUGCCGAGCCGCAGCCUUCUUCAUCUCACUCUUUCUCUGCCUGCUGGUGGUGUUCGUGGUCUCCUUCAUCAUCCCGUGCCCCGAGCGCCCAGCGUCCCAGAGGGCAUGGAGUGUCAAUUUCAGCGGAACAGCCACACUCAGCUUUCUAGCCACAGAAGAUAUAGACAAUGACAAGAUCCAAGAUGUCCUCUUUAUUUAUACAAGCACCAAUGACAGCGAUCUCUCCAAUCACUCCUGCGCUGACCAAGGCUUUUCCUCCCCCUGCUCCAUCAUGGCUGCCCUGUCUGGGGCCAAUGGCAGUGUGCUCUGGGCAAAGCCGGUGGCCCAGGAUAAGGUUCUGGCAGAUUGUGGCCUCCUGAGUCCAAAGAGCUGCUCCACCUGCAUCCUCACAAGCCUGUCCGGCUCCAUGCAGGCCAUCAAAUCCUGCACAGGGAACUCUCUGUGGAGCCAGCUCAGCAGCCUGGGAAGCAAGGCGUCCGUCCUGAGCCCUUUGUUGCUGUUGCCUGACAUGGAUGCCGAUGGAGUGCUAGACCUGCUGAUGCUCAGCCAGAAUGGGCAGGUUCACAGCUCCGUCAUUUCGGGCAGGACUGGGUUCCAGAUCGGCCACCAGCUCAGUCUUGGCGUGGAAGGGGUGGGCCGCCCACUCCUGCACCUCACCUCCAUGGGUGCCUACUACGUGCUCCUCCCAUGCAGAACAUCAAGGUCCCUGUGCAGCUGGUCCCUGAAGGAGAUACACAAGCAAGUGACAGGUAGAGAAGACACUGUGUUCAAGGGAGAUGCCCUCUGGGAGGACACGUUCAACGCCACCGUCUCCAGGCUUCUCCUGCACAACUCUGGAGGCAUCCACCAAGUGGUGAGGGUGCUGGGGGCCAGGACUGAGGAGCUGCUGGUGGUGGCUGCAGAGGCCCUGGCACUGCUGAGCGACCAGGAGCAGGAGCCGCGCUGGAUCCUGGGCUCCACCCGGGUGCUGAGAACGCCCAUAAUUGGAAACUACAAGCCCCAAGCCAAGGCUGUGGCUGUGGAGAAUGGAACCAACGACAAGGACAGACAGAUCCUGCUCUUCGGCCUGGACAGUGGGGCCAUUCUGUGGAGGCAGGCGUUCCCCAGCCUUCCUGGAGCCCCAGAGUCAGCCAGCUUGCUGACUGCUGACUCCCACUCAGUCUUCUUCUUCUGGGGCCUCCCCCCUUCAACCAGCACCAACCAGACAGUACAGGCCCCACAGGAUGCCCCACACAGCCUGUACAUGUUCCACCCUACGGUACCGGGCUUCCUGCUGGAGCUGCUCAACGUCUCUGCCCAAGUCGUGGCCUUCCGCGUUGUCGUACUGGAGCCCAGCCGCCAUGCCACCAUCCUCCUCCUGACAGGCCCGAGCCCAGUCUCCUUGGUCAAGUACAAGGUGCGGGACCUCAUCCAGCAUGGCAGGUUGGUGAGCCUGCAGAAGAGCAAGCCGGACAGCGAGCUGGCCAUCAGGGACCGCUUCUCCCGCCUACGGUACCUGAAUACCAAGGCCUAAGGACAGGGCACACUUGAGACCCUGCCCAGCCAGACCACGGGGCUGAUGCCAGCUGUCCACCUGCCCUCAACCUGCUCAACCAUGGCCACGCUGCCCACCGCUGUUCUCUACUGGCUGCCAUCCUACUGCCGUCCAUCCUACAGAGGGCGCCUGUGAGCCCCUGGCACCUGCUGCCCCAGGGCCUCCUCACACUGUCUCCAGGCUCUCAUUCUGUGCCUGGGUGGGGGCAGGUCUGCAGGGCCCCCCUCCAGAGCCCUGGCUCUCUCAGCACCCCUAGGCCUCAUGGAGCUGAAGGGGGCCUGGAGGGCAUCUGGGAGCUGAGGCAGAUGGUAACGUGCUCCCCCUGCCCCUCCCCUCUCUCCCUGCCACCACCACCACCACCACCACCACCGGAAUGAGGGAAUGAGCCCAGGUGCCCCUGUGACCAUCCAGUGAGGAGCAGCCUGGUCCUCUCCCAGCCAGCCACUCCUCGGUGCUCGAGGCCAGUCAGCAGCCUGCUGUGGGCCUCACCAUUGUGCCUUGCCUGCCAUCCCACCCUGGCCUAUUCUGCUUGGGACCAGGCCAGUACCCCGGACAACCAGAAUAAAUGGUUUUGCACUGU